CAAAGGCUUUUCUUAGACUUCCAGUAGUAGGGGUUGGAAGCAAGUUUCCUGCCUCAGUGCACUUCGCAUGCGCUGCGCUGCAUUCACGCAAAUCGGACGUUUCUCAACGCCAACUAGAUGCAUGUGGCUAGACUGCGGUUUCUCCCUCGUCCAAUCCCUCUUCUUCUCGAACAACGGAUGGCAGGAUGGUUGGGAUUCCCCCUACACUACGGUUCAGGAACCACCACCCUUCUAUCGGCAAUCUCUUCCUUGUGUCUCAACCGGGGCGAUGAGGGCUUUUGCAAGGAUCGACCUGGCUUCGGUGGACCGGCCCAUCGACCAUUCCCUGUCCCGACUGCCCAUUGCGUGCGUGAGUGCUGGACCAGAGACCAACAACCAGCAUCGCCCGUUCUAGCUCAUUACCGCUGAACGGAUGGACGCUUGACAGUUUGCACUUCAAUCAAGUCCAGAAAAAAUUCCCACACUGCAGGAGAAAUCCGGACGAUCUAGACCUCUUUGGGUCAGAUAUGCCGUAGUACUGUACGCUUUUGAGCUCUGAUGACUACUGCUCGGGGCACUUGUUCGACGGGUAUUGGCUCAUUGAUGGUCAAUUC